UCCACAAAAAUUCACUGCAUCCACAAGCUUUUGACUGGGAACAAUGGGGAGCCGGUGCAGCUUCUUUCCUGGGUUAGCCUUUCUUAUGUUUGGCUUUCUUGGCUUUAUGAUUCUUCCGGCCGCGGACGCUGCCAUCAAGAAAUACCAAUUUGAUGUUCAAGUGAGAAAUGUGAGUAGAUUGUGCCAUGCAAAGCCCAUAGUGACCGUAAAUGGGAUGUUCCCGGGGCCUACUAUUUAUGCUAGGGAAGGAGAUAGAGUCAUCAUCAAUGUCACCAAUCAUGCACAAUAUAACAUGUCAAUUCACUGGCAUGGAAUUAAGCAAUUUCGUAAUGGUUGGGCUGAUGGACCCGCUUAUAUCACACAGUGUCCUAUCCAAACUGGGAGUGCCUACACCUAUGAUUUCAAUGUAACAGGUCAAAGGGGAACAUUGUGGUGGCAUGCACAUAUUCUUUGGCUAAGGGCAACAGUCUACGGCGCACUUGUGAUCAUGCCAAAACCAGGAACCCCAUUUCCUUUUCCUCAGCCGUACAGUGAGGUUAACCUUCUGUUAGGAGAAUGGUGGAACAACGACAUCGAAGCGCUUGUGAAGCAAGGGAACAGCCGGGGCUUGCCACCGAAUAUGUCAGAUGCCCACACAAUCAAUGGGAAGCCAGGGCCACUUUUUCCAUGCUCUGAGAAACAUACAUUUGCAAUGGAGGUUGAAUCUGGGAAGACAUACCUCUUGAGAAUCAUCAAUGCUGCUCUCAACGAUGAGCUUUUCUUUGCCAUUGCCGGUCAUGAUAUGACAGUCGUGGAGAUCGAUGCUGUUUACACAAAGCCAUUCACCACUCAAGCUUUACUAAUUGCGCCUGGCCAGACCACUAACGUUCUGGUUCAAGCCAACCAAGCGCCCAGCAGAUACUUCAUGGCCGCUAGGCCUUUCAUGGAUGCCCCACUUCCAGUGGACAAACAAAUGGCCACAGGCAUACUCCAAUACAAAGGAGUUCCAAACACUGUUCUCCCAAGCCUUCCCCAAUUGCCAGCAUCCAAUGACACUGCAUUCGCAUUGAGCUACAACAAGAAGCUCAGGAGCUUAAACACCCCGCAAUUUCCAGUUAAUGUUCCUCUGAAGGUUGAUAGGAACCUCUUUUACACCAUUGGGUUGGGGAGGAAUCCUUGCCUCACAUGUGUCAACGGAACCCGACUUACUGGUUCGUUAAACAACAUCUCUUUUGUGAUGCCGAAUAUCGGGCUUCUUCAAGCACACUACUCCAAGAUUAAAGGAGUGUUCAGAACGGAUUUCCCAGACCGCCCUUCUACUCCAUUCAAUUACACGAGUGCACCGCUAACAGCCAAUCUUGGGACUUCUCAAGGCACUAGACUAAGUAAGCUUGCCUUCAACUCCACAGUUGAGUUGGUAUUACAGGACACCAAUCUUCUAACAGUUGAGUCGCACCCGUUUCAUCUCCACGGCUAUAACUUCUUUGUUGUUGGAAGCGGUAUUGGAAACUUCGAUCCUGCCAAAGACCCAGCUAACUAUAAUCUGAUUGAUCCUCCCGAGAGAAAUACAGUUGGGGUUCCCACUGGUGGGUGGACUGCUAUUCGAUUUAGAGCCGAUAAUCCAGGUGUUUGGUUCAUGCACUGUCAUUUGGAGCUUCACACUGGUUGGGGAUUGAAAAUGGCAUUUGUAGUAGAAGAUGGAGAAGGGCCUGACCAAUCUGUUCUGCCUCCUCCCAAGGAUCUUCCACCAUGCUAACUCUCCAUGUCUAGCUUCUGUUUGUGGGUGCAUUGGAUCAUGUCGGAUGCACCAGUUAUUUAUACUUCCUGCAGAAGUUGCAGCAUAUUUCUUGAGGAUAAAAUCCGAUCGAGAAGAAGGCACAUGUAUAAGAUUUGUUUGAGACAAAAAUGUAAUAAUCUGCAGCAACAGUAUUGUGUAAAUUAUGGAGAAUAUCUUACUCCACAGAUGUCUUUUCAUUCUUUGGAUUGGACGCUACAAAUUUAAUUGAUAAACUUUCUCCUAAUCCCAACUCAUUUGCA